ACGUACGGAAGAGUCACAACUCAAAAGAUCAAAGUGUGUCAAAGAUGGGUGAGCGAGUUUAAACAAAAGUUCAAGGGUACAAUGUGCACUACAAACCCAUACUUUACAAUCAAGAAGCAAGCACAAAGAAAUCAAAUUGGUUUAUACUAGCUCGUAAAAACGAUAUUGGAUAUUGGAAGGGUUCAGAAGAGCUUGGUACAAACCAUACAUUCUCUCCCAGAAUAAAGUACCUAAUCUUAUUUCGCUUAGAAGAGUUGCUGAAGGUUAAAGAGUAGAUUCUGUGUGCUGGGGCGGAAGAAACUGGGAAAGUUGAAAGAUAACAUGCAAUAUUGGAUAUUGGACUGAAACCUAGCUGUAUAGUGGCGGGAGCGGGUUUACGAUUGGAUUUUCCGUCUAACUGACAAUGAGUGAUGAAGUUGGGGCUUUGGUUUUCGACUUUGGAUCGUAUUCUCUCAGGGGUGGUUUUGCUGGGGAGGACAACCCAAAGGUUGACAUUCCAGCGACACUUGGCAUUAUUGGAAAUGAAGAAGGUCUGCCACCUAAGAGAAUUGUUGGCCACAAUAUUUUAGUCCCACGCAAAGGAGCAGAACUUCAGUCAUUUUUGAAAGAUGGAUUAAUUGAUGACUGGGAUGCUUUUGAGGAUGUCAUGAGCUAUAUGUUACACUAUUUAACACCCGAAGAAGCUAGUCAUCACCCUAUACUCUUUUCGGAGCCUUCGUGGAAUACAAAAUCAAAACGAGAAAAAAUCGCCGAGAUUUUGUUUGAAAAGUUCAAAGUUCCAGCAUUUUACAUUGCCAAGAAUGCUGCUCUCACGUGCUUUGCUAAUGGGAGGCAUACAGGAUUGGUUUUAGAUUGUGGUGCUAUUCAUACAUCAGCUGUUCCAGUAUACGAUGGUUUAGUACUUACUCAAGAAGUUGUGCGUUCCCCACUUGCUGGUGAUUUUGUAGUACAACAAGCACAGAGGUUACUUCUGGACGAACUUAAGAUGGAAAUCGUUCCGUAUUAUCGGGUAGCAUCCAAGGAGCCUGUAAAUGAGCGUGAACCAGCGAAAUGGAAAGAGCGACCGAAUCUACCACCUGUUUCUUCAUCAUAUGAAAACUAUAUGUUGAAAUGUCUCAUGCAAGAUUUUGUGGCAUCAGUUUUACAAGUUUCUGAAGAUCGAUAUGAUCAGAGUCAAGCAGACACUUUUCCAAUGGUUGGCUAUGAAUUUCCGAAUGGAUUCAAUUUUGAAUUAGGUCAUGAACGUUUUCAACUUCCUGAGGCUUUAUUCGAUCCAUCCAUACUAUUAGAAUCUGGUGGUAGUUCAAUGUUGUCAAUGAGUCAUAUUGUUGCCAGUAGUAUUAGUCUGUGUGACAUUGAUAUUCGACCGAGUUUAUAUAGUAAUGUUAUUGUUGUCGGUGGAAAUAGUUUGAUCACUGGAUUCACAGAUCGUUUACAAAGAGAUUUAAAUAUUAAAACACCACCAAGUAUGCGAUUAAAAGUCAACUUUCCUAGUACUGCAGCUGAAAGACGUUAUUCCAGUUGGAUUGGUGGUUCUAUUCUAGGCUCUUUGGGUACAUUCCAACAGAUGUGGAUAUCAAGUCAAGAGUAUAGUGAAUUAGGUAAAGGCUGUGUAGAUAAAAAGUGUGCAUAAGACUAUAUACAUAUAUAUUUUAAACACGUGAAACUGUAGGAUGUUUCUUUUCAAGGACAAUAUGUAUUAUAUUUUUUAUUCUUUGAUCUUUCGCUUUUACCCGUCUCCCUCCGGUGUUCUUUCUUCUUUAUAAUCAAAUCAUUUUAUUGUGUAUAAGUAAUAAAAAGGUGUCAUUUGCAUUUUUAUUAUUUUGUGUUGUGUCUUAAACACCUAAUAAUAAUAUAAUAUACACGCAUUUAUUGUGCUUAUCUUACCGUGUUCCACAUAUUGUCUUUUCCUUGAAUUACAUGGUUAUUCACAAGUAUACGAAUUCACCUUGAGAUAUGCUUUUCAGUAAUAUGCAUCUUGGAAAAUGGGGGACUUUGAUAUGUUUCGAUUAAUACAUGUGAAAAUGUGCUAAAACGAAAUUUCAUUUGUUUGGGAAUUCCUUCAUUGGGUGAAU